AAGACCCUCUUCUCUCUCUAACAGAAUGCUGCGCUCCGAUAUACCAGCUCCAUUUCCAUCACAGCUCGAAGAAGAAGAAAUCAAUUUCAUUUGUUUUCACCUUCGAUCCACAGACGAUGAGAUCGACAGGGGAAGAGGAUGCGCCGCCGUACGUCCCCGGGAACAUCCUGAUCACCGGCGCUGCGGGGUUCAUCGCCUCCCACGUGACCAACCGCCUGGUGAAACAGUACCCGAAUUACAGGAUCGUGGGGCUUGACAAGCUCGAUUACUGCUCCAAUCUCGGGAAUCUGAACCCUAGCUUCGGCGCCCCCAAUUUCAGAUUCGUCAAGGCCGACGUCACCAGCGCCGAUCUCAUCAACUACCUCCUCCCGGAGGAGAGGUUUGACACCGUCAUGCACUUCGCGGCGCAGACUCACGUCGACAACUCGUUCGGUAACUCGUUCCAGUUCACCCAGAACAACAUCUAUGGCACUCACGUUCUUCUCGAGGCCUGCAAGGUCACCGGCGGCGUGCGAAGGUUCAUCCACGUCAGCACGGACGAGGUGUACGGGGAGACGGAUCUGGAGACGGAUGUCGGGAACCCGGAGGCGUCUAGCCUCCUCCCGACGAAUCCGUACUCCGCCACAAAAGCCGGGGCGGAGAUGCUGGUGAUGGCGUACCACAGGUCGUACGGGAUGCCGACGAUCACCACGCGGGGCAACAACGUCUACGGGCCGAACCAGUUCCCGGAGAAGUUGAUCCCCAAGUUCAUCCUCCUCGCCAUGAGAGGCGAGCGGCUCCCGAUCCACGGCGACGGCAACAACGCCCGGAGCUACCUAUACUCUGAUGACGUGGCGGAGGCGUUCGACGUGAUCCUCCACAGAGGCGUGAUCGGGAACGUUUACAACAUCGGGACGCGGAAGGAGCGGCGCGUUGUCGACGUGGCGGAGGAUGUUUGCCAGCUGUUCGGCCGGAGAUCGGAGGAAGCAAUAGAGUUCGUUCACGACCGGCCGUUCAAUGAUAAAAGGUACUUCUUGGAUGAUAAAAAACUGAAGGAGCUAGGGUGGAAGGAGAAGACCUCAUGGGAGGAAGGACUGAAACAAACCCUGGAAUGGUACAAAAAACACCCGGACUGGUGGGGGGACGUGACGGCCGCCCUCCACCCCCACCCUAGCAUCUCCACGACCAUCCCGUUACACGACUACAACCGACCGGGCCUCAAGUUCUUGAUCUACGGCAAAAGGGGUUGGAUCGGGGGAUUGCUGGGGAAGCUGUGCCAGCAAGGCAAGAUAGCGUACGAAUACGGGUCGGGCCGGUUGCAGGACCGGAGGUCGUUGAUGUCUGACGUGGCGAGGGUGAGGCCGACACACGUGUUCAACGCGGCGGGAGUCACCGGGAGGCCUAAUGUGGAUUGGUGUGAGACCCACAGGGUUGAGACCAUAAGGGCAAAUGUGGUGGGAACUCUAACCCUAGCUGAUGUGUGUAGAGAGGAGGGGCUUUUGAUGAUGAACUUUGCAACUGGUUGCAUAUUUGAGUAUGAUGAGAACCACCCUAUGGGGUCUGGGGUUGGGUUCAAGGAGGAUGAUAAACCUAAUUUCAUGGGUUCCUUCUACUCCAAGACCAAAGCCAUGGUGGAGGAACUCCUAAGAGAAUAUGACAACGUGUGCACCCUACGAGUUCGGAUGCCCAUCUCGUCGGAUCUCACCAACCCACGCAACUUCAUAACUAAGAUCGCACGGUACAACAAAGUGGUGAACAUACCGAACAGCAUGACCGUGCUCGACGAGCUGCUGCCCAUAUCCAUAGAGAUGGCAAAGCGGAACUGCCGAGGGGUAUGGAACUUCACCAACCCGGGAGCAAUAAGCCACAACGAGAUUCUAGAGAUGUAUCGGGACUACAUUGAGCCCGGGUUCAAGUGGGAGAACUUCAGCUUGGACGAACAAGCUAAGGUGAUCGUUGCUGCCAGAAGUAACAACGAGAUGGACACGACAAAGCUUGAGAAAGAGUUCCCUCAGCUGUUGCCUAUUAAGGAAUCCCUCAUCAAGUAUGUCUUCCAACCCAACAAGAAAACAUGAACUCAAGUUAGCUCCAAUACUUCAAAACAUUCUUUAUAUUCAACUCACACUCAGAGUGUUCUCAGUACUAUUCAUUUCUUUUUCUUUCAUUUAUUAGCAUAUGUGUAGAUCAUAUUCUUUACCAUAAACCAGACUCAGUUUCUUGUAAAUGAAAUUCCUAUAGUAAAAGUUAUCCUUAAAC